AUGGCUAGGCUCAACGAAAUGCCGGUGCCGACAGAGACUCUCGAAACGCUUCGCAAGAAGAUGCUUCGCCAGAAUAGAGAACUCGCAAAGACAAACAAUAUUCGAGCGCUUCGAAUCCGCGAAUUGGAAAAUGAAUGCGCAUGUAUGCUGUCGGAAAAUCUUGAGCUGCGGAGUCGCAUUCUGGAACUGGAAAAACAAGUCGAGGACAGCGAGUCGCGAAGAAUAGCAGAUCACGCGAUGGCCAUCAAGGCCAAAUUGGAGUCGCAACUCACAGAAUGGGGGUCUCUUAUUGCAGAAUUGGGCCUCGAGCCGCCCGCGAAGAGACAUUCUCCUAUGAUUAAGCGAAGGUCAAAGAAAACACCGAGCUUCAGCGCAAGUCGGCCAAGUCCAUCUCAGAGGCGGCUACGCGAAAUUGCAAAAGAUGUUGAAGAAUUGGGGUUCAUCAGCGAAAAUAAGAGCAAUUCUCGGAGGUCAAUGAAUCCUGAGCAAAUUCUGGCACUCCGAUCAGAGGCCGAUAUGGAAUCGCCCGAACUCGGCCCUCCACCAAUGUCUAAAUAUAUUGAGGAAGAUCCAGUUAAGAUCGAUUCACCAACUAGAUCAAUGCCUGUGGAAAGCUCGAAGAAGUCGAAGGGCCUGGAGCCCCCAAUUGCUCUGGCUUCGUCACAAUCUGAGGAAGGAGAAGAUCACGAGGAGCUGAUAGCGCAGAAGCGCGAUCGGGUGAAUAAGCCCCAAAAUAAUGUCGUUACUGCACCAUCUCAACCCAUUAAGGCCGGGUCAAAACGGAAAUUUGGAGCUCGAGACGACAGCGAAAAUAGUCAACCGGAGAAAGGAACGAAUGAGAACAGCAUUAGCAGGAUGUUGGUUGAAAAGACAGAAGGCAGGACAGUGAAGGACUUUGCUAAAAUGAGGAAAAACUCGCAACUGGAGCUCUCGGAAAACGUUCGGAAACCACUGGCAGCCAAGAGCACUAACGACGAUAUCCAUUCCCCGAGGAAGAUUUCCAAGAUAAAGCCAUCGGUGGUCGACGAGAUAUCCACAGCCAAGCUCAAUGCAGCAAGGUCGAAGGCAGCCUUCGAUCGACAGAAACCAAAAGCAAAGAACCCCUCAACCGCUGAAAUUGAAGCUGUGCCUAUUCUUACGAUUGAACCUCGAGGAACGUCAGAUGCAAUGGAUAGCUUGGCGGCACCCGUUAGAGAAUCGGCAUUGUUCUCGCCCGUGUCUCCGGUAGCGGAUGUAUCACCUGAGGGACCACGAGGGGAUACCCCUCCACCUACUGAUAUCUCGUCCAACGGAAAAACAUCACGGCUUAGUAGGCGAAAUCGGACGACAAUCAGUUAUACCGAGCCUAACCUGAGAGCCAAGAUGCGACGACCAACCAAAGAGUUAUUUGAUGCCGUGGCAGGAGAAGGGAAAUAUGUUCGACGAGCCAGUAGCUACGAUCUUGCUAUGCCUGAAUCAACAAAGAGUAAACGAGAGGCGGCAGUAUCCGACAGCUCGAUAUCAACACCCGAGUUCGACAAUAAUUCGACAAGCCCUUUGGCAGCAAAACAUUUAGCUACAGACGUCCUUCUGGGUAGCGUCAUUACGGAACGCCGCAAGCGUUCCACAAGCAUAGCACCAAAAGGCUUGGGAAUUGUGAGCGACAGUUUAAUGGACGUGGAAUCCUCUGAGGGAUCAAGGGAUGCUAGCAUCAACCUUGAUAGUAGCGGUUUGGCAGAGACCGAUGUGUAUGAGUUUACGAGCAAGUCGCCUCCGCCUGGGAAGGAGGAAAUCAAGGAACCAAAGAAACGUGGGCGAAGACGGACUACUACAUCAAGACAUUCUACAAUGAAUCCUGAUGAUGACUAUGAAGACUCCAGUCUAUCAACAAGAGAGAGAAAUAUUGCUAGACGGAGGAGCAUGAUGGUAUGA